ACUCUCCGAAUUCAGAGCCUCCAGAACCAACAGACAAGAUGUGCAGCGUGGCUAACGCAAUCAAGAAAGUGGACCUCCACUGCCAUGCCAACAAUGUUGCCCAUAACACYCAUGAAAUCUCUACCAGCCAACUAAUUGUGAGACGAGGGCAGCCUUUCAGCGUCACACUGGAGCUGGACUACGCCUUCAGCACAUCGGAGUCAGUCAAACUGACGUUUGAGGAAGAAAUGGUGGAUAUUUGCCUCAAGCUAUUGGAUGUCAACCCAAAACACAAGAGAGACCCUGAAGGUGAUGUUUCAGCUCGCUGCAACCCCAUCUAUGUUGGCCGUGUCAUCAGUGCCAUGAUCAACUGCAAUGACGACAUGGGUGUUUUAGAAGGAUGUUGGCAUGGCGACUACCGGGAUGGUGUUUGUCCAACCAGAUGGACCAGCAGCGUCAGCAWCCUGCAGCGCUGGUUUCAGAGCGGCUGCAAGGCGGUGAAGUACGGACAGUGCUGGGUGUUUGCUGGCGUGAUGUGCACAGUGAUGCGGUUCUUCGGCAUACCGUGCCGCGUUGUGACAAAUUUUGUGUCUGGUCAUGACACAAACAACAGCCUCACGAUUGACGAGUAUUUUGACGAGUAUGGAUUAAAAAAAAUGGGGAAUGAAGACAGUAUCUGGAACUUCCAUGUGUGGGUGGAGGGUUGGAUGAAGCGCCCCGACCUCGACCAAGAUGGCCGCUACGACGGCUGGCAGGUCUUGGAUCCAACUCCUCAGGAAAGGAGUGAAGGCAUGUUCUGCUGCGGUCCUGCUCCGGUGACCGCCAUCCACGACGGCCACACCAACCUGAAAUAUGACAUACCCUUUGUCUUCAGCGAGGUCAAUGCUGACGUCGUCAAGUGGAAGAUUAAAGCUGAUGGCUCAAAGAUAAAAAUGAAAUGCCUCACUGACACGGCGAAGGUGGGCCAGAAAAUCUCCACCAAGGCUGUUGGCAGCACAGCAAUCAAYGACCUGACAGACACCUACAAAUACAAAGAAGGCUGCGCAAUGGAGAGAGUGGUCUUUGACGACGCUGUCAGACGGAUGAACUCACCAGGCCGCGAUGUUCUGCACGGCACCUGUGAAGUCCUUGUGGUAAGAGAGGUGGAGCUGUCAUUGGAGGAAACCUGCUUAAGGAAUUCGCAGGACAUCAAACUGAGCCUGAAGCUGAGCAACAGAGGUCGCGGUGUGAAAUCGCUGUCCAUCUCUGUGAACGCCCAAGUCACAAACUACACKGCAACCAAAGUGAAGAACGUCCUGCAUGAUUCCUGUUUYCAAAAACUGAAUGCUGGACAAGUUGUGAAUAUUCCCAUCCUGAUCCCAUACUCGGCCUACUGCAAGUACGCCGUUACCCACGACAGCAUGAAGGUGUCGGUCGACGCAACMGACGAAAACGGUGACAUCUAUGAAACCGACACUGACAUCACCCUGGAAGACCCGCCCAUCUCCAUUAAGGUUCUGGGUGAAGCUCGUCUGCACCACCCAGUGACGGUUCAGGUGAAAUUUAAGAACCCGCUGAAUGAGACGCUGAGGUUCUGCUCUUUGACCAUCAACGGCUCCGGACUCUUCAGAUCCGAGCACUUUGAGAGCAUCAGAGAGCUGCCAGCCAACACGACUCUGACGCACCAAAUCCAAACGACCCCCUACAGGACUGGACUGAGGACGGUGGUGGCCGACUUUGACUGCAGCGCCUUCAGAGACGUGAAGGACAGCUGCACCRUCUACGUCAAGCCUUGAGUCAUUGCCUUGGAGUCUCUGACUCUACAGUCUGCAUCAUUAAAGUUGGGCUUCAGGGCUUUUUGGGGACAUAAAACCAGAAAUAUUUACUCAUUUCAUUACGGUUUUUUGGUUAAUUAUGCAAAUUGUUUMAUUUAUUUUUAUUUUAUUGGGUUAAACAUUAUGUUGUUCGGAUGGCCUUGCAUUUUAUGCUAAAGUACUUUAAUGGUUAAUUUUGAUUUAUUUCAUUAUAUGAAAAAUGAUGUAACACAAUUCCCCAAAACAAUUAUUUUUCUUGUAAUUUGUGACAACAAAGAACUUUUCAUUCCUUAAAAGGUUUUUUGAAUCCACAAUGUUAAGUUCUCUAAGCUUUUUGUCUUUCAAACAGUAGCGUAAUAAACUAAUUGGUGUCAGUUAUAGUUAAA